UUUCUCGCGCGGAGCUCAGACCGGAUCACGGGGCGUGGGCUCAGACGGAGCCUUAGCGGAUAGAUCAUUCAUUCUACGACUCUAGUAAAUUCACAGUAAUAUAUCUGGACAUUUCUGAAAAAUGAAACGAGUAUCGGCAAAGUCCAGUGAUGAGACGCUUAUAGAAAUGGACCAGACUGCUGGGUCCAGCGGCGAGGAAAACAAUGGUUUCCAUACCAGUUCUCUCGUGGAUAAGGAAUCUUUUCAACUUGAAAACGCUGGGGUAGACAAACAGCUUCAGAGCAAGGACUCUGUGUACUUCAGAGAUGGCGUACGGCGGAUAGAUUUUGUUCUCUCAUACAUCGACGACAAGGAUGGAGAGAAAAAACAGGAUCGGAGGAAAGAGUUUGAAGCUAAUUUACAGAAAGCAGGACUUGACUUGGAGACCGAGGACAAAUCUGAGUCGGAAGAUGGGAGAACGUUCUUCCUGAAGAUCCACGUCCCAUGGGAGGUGCUGGCAACAUAUGCAGAUGUUCUGAAAAUCAAAGUGCCUUUUAAAGUCAAUGAUGUUCCUGAUAAUAAAGAGGUGCCCUGUGGUUGGCUCUUUACACCCAUCAAACUGCCAGACCAUGUGAUGAACCCCGAGCCAGAUUACUUCACCUCAACAUUUGACAAGAGUAAGACUGACUUCUUCCUCAUCGAGGAUAAAGAGACCUUCUUCCCUCCAUCCACACGCAACAGGAUCGUUUAUUAUAUCCUCUCCAGAUGUCCAUACAGUAAAGAAGACAAGGACAAGAAGGGUAUUAAGAGACUGCUGAAUAACGGCACCUACACAGCGGCCUUCCCCCUGCAUGACUGCAAGUACUGGACCAGGUCUCGUGAUCCGAGCUGUGAGAGUGAGCGUUAUUCUCUGUACAAAUUCUGGGCUCGCUUCAGUCACUGUUAUAAAGAGCAGCCGCUCAACCUUAUACGGAAGUACUAUGGAGAGAAGAUCAGCAUCUACUUUGCAUGGCUGGGUUAUUAUACAGAGAUGCUGUUCUACGCUGCAAUUGUUGGUCUGUUCUGCUUCAUCUAUGGUUUUGCCACCUUUGAUGACAACGUCUGGAGUAAGGAGAUCUGUAAUGAGACUAUAGGUGGGCAGAUCCUCAUGUGUCCUCUCUGUGAUAAGAAAUGUGGCUACUGGAAACUCAACUCAACCUGUAGCUCCUCAUGGCAAUCGUAUCUGUUUGACAACACAGCUACGGUGUUCUUUGCAAUAUUCAUGGGAAUAUGGGUGACUCUGUUCCUGGAGUUCUGGAAACGUCGUCAGGCGCGGCUGGAGUAUGAGUGGGAUCUAGUGGACUUUGAGGAAGAACAGCAGCAGCUGCAGCUCAGACCAGAGUAUGAGAUCAAGUGCACGAGCCGACGCCUCAACCGCGUCACGCAAGAGAUGGAGCCUUACUUACCCCCAACUAGCAAGUGUGCUCGCUCAUUAAUGUCUGGGGCCACAGUACUCUUCUGGAUAUCUCUGAUUAUCGCCAGUAUAAUCGGGGUGAUAGCCUAUCGCCUGGCAGUGUUCGCAGCAUUUGCCAGCAUUAUGAAGGAUAGUCCCACCAAUAAACUGGAUGUGGUGGGAUCACUGAUCACUCCUCAGUUUGCCACAUCUGUAACUGCUUCCUGUAUUAACUUUGUCAUUAUAAUGAUUCUGAACUACCUGUAUGAGCGUGUGGCCAUCUGGAUCACUGAUUUAGAGGUUCCAAAAACUCAUGUGGAGUAUGAGAACAAGCUCACGGUGAAGAUGUUCCUCUUCCAGUUUGUCAACUACUAUUCCUCCUGCUUCUACGUCGCCUUCUUCAAAGGCAAAUUUGUGGGUUACCCAGGAAACUAUGGAUACAUGUUCGGCAAAUGGAGCGGACUGAGAAAUGAAGAGUGUGAGCCGGGUGGUUGUCUGAUCGAGUUAACCACUCAGUUAGUGAUUGUGAUGGUCGGUAAACAAGUGUGGGGGAACAUACAGGAAGCUCUAGUACCCUGGUUGCGUAACUGGUGGGUGAGCCGGAAUGCUAGGAAUCAUCCAGAGAGUCUGUACAGCCGCUGGGAACAGGAUCACGACCUGCAGGACUUCAGUCAGCUUGGCCUCUUCUAUGAGUAUCUGGAGAUGGUGGUUCAAUUUGGCUUCAUCACUCUGUUUGUGGCCUCUUUUCCUUUGGCUCCUCUACUGGCUCUCUUCAAUAACAUUGUUGAAGUUCGAGUGGAUGCCUGGAAGUUUACAACUCAGUUCCGCCGGCCGGUGGCAUCUAAAGCUCACAGCAUUGGUGCAUGGGAGGAGAUCCUGAACAUGAUCGCUGUUCUCUCAGUAGUCACAAAUGCUUUUAUAGUGUCAUUCACAUCAGACAUGAUCCCUCGGCUGGUGUAUAUGUACGCGUAUCACCACGGUACAGAGUUCACUAUGGAAGGGUACAUCAACAACAGCCUCUCUGUCUUCAACAUCUCUGAGAUUCCGCCAGAAAACCGCCCGGACAACGAUGAGAACCCGGACUGGUUUGACAACACCACAAUGACCACCUGCAGGUACCGUGACUACCGCAACCCUUCCGGACAUGAGAAACCUUACACCUAUACGAUGCAGUUCUGGCACAUUCUCGCUGCCAAAAUGAUGUUUAUCAUCAUCAUGGAGCAUGUGGUGUUUUUGGUGAAGUUCUUUGUGGCAUGGUUGAUUCCAGACGUGCCGUCAGAUGUGAAAGCGCGUGUGAAGCGCGAACGUUACCUGAUCCAGGAAUACCUGCGUGACUAUGAGCUGGAGAAACUCAAGAUCCAGUUAAGUCAGAACAGCCAGAACAGUGAACAAAUAAACAACUGCACGUGUCCGACCACAGCCGCUUCACCUAUGAAUAUCGAAGUAUUAUCAGACUGUUUGUCCUAACACAAGUGCAGUCUGUUCUCACUGAACCACUACAUAAUCUCUGAAAGCCAAUUAGAGGUUCUCACUCAGCCCAUGACACAAACCACUCGAAAUUCACCAGUUCUCGCUCUUUUAAGACACAUUCAUCUGUCUUUGGUUUGAGAAUGCACCUGGUCUUCAAUGUCUCAUAGGUCAUGUAGGAUGAUUUUUUAUGUCACAUUCGUUGUUUGGAUUCAGUGGUUUUACACCAUGGUUCCCUUUCAUGAUCCUUAUAAAGGUCACUCUUGGAUUUUGACUUUCCUGGUCAUAUUUCACCCCAAAUCAAAAGAAAGAUAUUGUAUUUUGCAUAAAGACAAUGAAUCAUAUUUUUGGGACCACUAAGAUGUUUUGUUAUAUUGCCCAAAAAUAGUAUUACCGUAAUGCAAAUCAAUGUAAUUCUCAUGACCGUAAUGCAUCUGGAUGUUUUUACAUUUUUGUUUGGUGAUUCUCAUUAAAUUCAGUGUUUCAUGACUAUGUUACAGAAAACAAAUACUAUAAUACAAUGAUAUUUUGUAAUCAAUGUAUUGAUUGAUCAUUGUAUUAAACAGCGAAAAUUAAAAUCAGUACAACAAAUUCUGCCUUACAGUAUAAAUUAGUUUGUCAUUACAGUAAUUAGAAAGACAUUUUUCUGCAUUAUUAGAAUUUUUAUUAUUAGAAUUUGUUUUCAUUGCAACAUUAUAUUCAUGAUAAUUAAGCAAGUUAUUUAAAAACAAAUCUUUAUACCGCAAUGCAAUAUAUAUAUGUUUGAUAACUUGCUUAAUUAUCUUGAAAAUGUUGCAAUUAAUAAAAUCUUAAAGAAAAUUAUUGCAUUUUUCAGGUUUAUUAAACAUUUUUGCACUGUGACAUUAUAUUCAUGAAAAUUGUUAUAAUAUAAUUAAGCUAAAAUCUCAAUACUGCAAUGCAGAAAUAAAAUAAUAUAAUAAUAAUCUUAAAGGAAAGGACAUCUGUUUUCAGGACCACAUGUAAACAGUAUAAAUACACAUCCUGUUCCACCCCAAAAAAAUCGCAAACACUAAUAUUUCAUUGGACCACCUUCAGCUUUGAUUACGUCAUGCAUUCAUCAUGGCAUUGUUUCAACAACCUUAUGCAACAUUUAUUUCUAUCCAGAGUUGCAAUAAUUUUUGGCUGAGAUCUCCAGCACAUUCAAAGACUUUCAAUGGGGUAAAGGUCAGGAAUCUGUGGUGGCCAAUUCAUGUGUGAAAAUGAUUCCUCAUGCUCCCUGAACCACUCUUUCACAAACUGAGCUCGAUGAAUCUUGGCAUUGUUGUCUUGGAAUAUUCCCGUGCCAUCAGGGAAGGAAAAAUCCACUGAUGUGAUAAUCUGGCCAUUCAGUACAUUCAGGUAGUCAGCUGACUUCAUUUAAUUGCUGUAUAACGUUGUUGAGUCUAGACCUGACAAAUUGAAUCAACUCCAGAUCAUAACACUGCCUCCUGAGACUUGUACAGUGGGCACUAUGCAUGAUGGGUGCAUCACUUCAUGAGCUUCCAUUCUUACCCUGAUGCACACAUCGCUUUGGGAUAGGGUAAAUCUGGACUCAUCAGAUCACAUGACCUUUUCCAUUGCUCUACAGUCCAAUCUUUAUGCUCCUUAGCAAACUGAUGUCAUUUUUUCAGAUUAUCCUCACUAACAAGUGGCUUUCUUGUGGCCACACAGCAGUUUAGUCCCAAUCCUGUAAAUUAUAGUCACAUUGUACAUGUGGAAAUUCUCUUUCUUUCACUAUUAACGGAAAAUCUACUGUUGAUAUUUUAUGAUGUGACGACUUCAAGCUUUUUAUCUAUCGUCGAUCAUGAUCACAUUUCUUCCGCUAACAUGAGGGUUCAUCACUAUCCUUCCAGGUUUGAAUAAUGUGUUGGACAGUUCUUAACCCAAUUCCAGUGAUUUCAGUAAUCUACUUAAUUGUUGUCUUUGCUUGAUACAGGCCAAUAAUUUGCCUCUUCUGAAACACAGUAACAUCUUUUCCACGACCACAGGAUACGUCUUCAGACAUGGUUGUUUAAGAAAUGAGAAUCAGUUAGGAUUAAAAGAAUUGUUGAAACGGUAAUGAUCCAAUCAUAGACUCUUCAAUAUCUGCUCAUUUAAACCCAAACGGUGACUUUUUUUCUUUGGCCAGGCAGUAUACUUCACUAUUCUAAUAAUACAUUGUUUUUUCAUUACAGUAAUGAGACUGAGAUUUUUUGCAUUGCUGUACUGAGAAUUUGUGAGAUAUGCUUAAACAAUGCAAAAAAUCUUAAUGAACUUGAAAAGGCUAUUCUUUUCUAUAAUAUUUUGUAUAUUGCAGCAUAUUUUCAUAAAAAAUGUAUACAAAAAAUAGGUGUUCAUUUAGGUAAAAUAUGUAUAAUUUCUAUUUAUUUCUCUUGAUUUGGAGGUGAAAUGUUGAAAUGUUCUUGACAGAUGUUGUGACAAUUGUCUGUUUUUCAGACUUCUCAUUUUCAGUCAUGUGAUCUCUUAGUGUAAGCUCUCAUACAGGGGACACCUCUCAGAGAAAUAUGCAGUUUAAAUCCUCUUUAAAUGUAUUUAUGUGCAGUAGACAAAUCCAAACACACUAUCUAUGCAGAACAACUCUUUCUUCUGUCAAAAACAAACAAGUCGUCUCUCUCUCUCUUCUCCUCUGAUGUCUAUGUUAAUGUUAUCUGCUGAUGUUGCCAGUGUCUCCUGUAAGACACUAUAGACUAUAGACUACAGACUACAGGCUGUUCACAUUCUCUGAAAAUCACCCACAAUUUCAUCAAGAAUAAGAAAUUGUAUUUUACACACACUAAGCCUUUUUUAAGGAUAUUUAAGUUUUUUUAAUAGUGACAUAACUUCAAUGACAACUAAGCACAUUUUCCCCAAACUGACUUUGUUUGUUUCUGAUCCUCAUUGUUCUACAUUGGGGAUAUUCAUUAGAUUCUGAUAUUGACACUUUAGUAUGAACUGUAUUACAGUACAAUAUUUUGGUAACACUUUACAAUGAGGUUUCAUUUGUUAACAUUUGUAAACAACAUUAGAUGACAUGAACUAACGAUGAACAAAACUUUUACAGCAUAACUCCAAAGGGUGGCGCUAUAUCAUGAAAAAAGUUUACUCUUAAAACUUUAAAGUGUCCGUAUACAUAAGUCAGGCAUAUGAGGGAUCAUUUGAAAGCUCAGAAUCUGAACUUCUCAGAGAUAACCAUCACUGCAUUUAUGUUACUUAAAAUAACAAAAAUUCAAUGGCCUCAAAUCAUUACCCCCCAUAUAAAUAUAUGGACAAGUCAUUUAUCAAAUGAAAGCGCUCUCGAUCAGGAAAAUAAUCAGAAAAUAUGUUUUUGGCUAUUGAGGAUAAAUAAUAUUUUUAUAUAAUAACAAAGGGGAUGAUCUCAGCUUUCUAAUGACAGUUCUCUGAAAAAUGAGACCAAUUUUUUUGCAAUCAGUGCACAGUAUGUGUGAAUGGUGAGCUUUUCAAUUUGUGUGUAAAACAUUGCAGGCACCGCCCUAUAAAUACACCAGAGUUUAAGGGGUUAAUCUUGGUUAAUGUUAAUUCCAACAUAUAGUAAUACAUUUUUAAAAUCAAACACUGCUUAUGUCAACAUUAGUUAAUGCACUAUGAACUAACAUGAACUAACAAUAAUCAACUAACAUUAACAAAGAUGAAUACAUGCUGUAAAAAUAUAUUGUUCAUUGUUAUUUCAUGAUUAACUAAUGUUAACAAAUGGAAAAUUAUUGUAAAGUGUUACCAAGAUCUUUUAUUAAAAUUAAAGGCUGUGCAACAAAAGGCACCAUGAUGUUGAAAUAAUAAAUCUCUUUUUUUCCACAUUACAGUAAUGCGAACUGGAGAUAAAUGUGCUUAAUUGUUUAGUUUUUUUGAAGGGGUGAAGUGUAACAGGAAAUGAACAGAAACGUUUCGGUCUUACUUAAACAGAGUCUGAAUACAAAUGUUCAAAAGAUAUUAAAACUGUUCUGUUCAAAAUGCCUUUAAGCAACCAAAGAUGAAAUGCCUUAACAACAAAGUCAACUGCAUAUCUGUUUAACAUGAUUAAGUAUGAGACAUUAAUAUUCAGCUAGAGUUAAGAUCAAAAACUUCUGUACAAAGAAAUGCAUAACAUAUAGAUGUUUUCAAGCUCAUCUGUUUUAUUUUCACGUCGUUUCUCACAAAGUACUAAUACAUUUUAGAUUUAGCACAUUUAAACAUUUAAAAGAAUGUGAGAAAAGAUCUGGCACUGAAAUUACUUAGCAGUAUUACUUUUAUUGCUUGAUGCGUCACCCAUACAGAUUUUUAGAGCAUACGUCUUAUUAUAUAUAUAUAAUAUCUGCUGGAAAUGUUAUGCAAAAUAAGUGUCUAUUCCAAAUGAGUAGAUACAUAAGUACAUGCACACUACACUUAUGAUAACUAUUUGUGAAGCCGUUAUCCUACUGUGUUUAUAGUUUAAGGCAAUCUGCACUUUAAACCUUUAAAAUGAUCGGAAGGAAGCAGAAUCUUCUUAUAGCCAAAGUUCUUCCUGUGAUAUGAAUAGCAAAGUGAGAAAUUGAGCUAAUAUCUUUUCAAUGUGCCUUUGUCUAAAUAUGCAGUGCAGGAUGAGUGUUCAUGUAUACUUCCUUUUCAAUUCAUAUGUUGUGUUGUCCUGAUCAGAGGGACAAAGUCACUGUGACUUUGAUUUUAUGUUUUGCACAAAGCAAUUAUUGAAGGAGUCAAAAAGUCAUGUGCCGUUAUAUUUGGAAAUGAUGCUUGUAUGCCAACUUGAUCAUGCUGAUGCCUUUUGACAUGGAAGAUUCAUUUAUAACUUAAGAACAGUUCAGAUUAGUUUGACACAUAUGCUAAUGAUGAAGGAACCUGAGCGUAUGUAUUGUGCUGUUAUUUGAGAUUUGAAUAUUCAAGUUGAAAAUCAUUAUAUUUUUUCUGUAAAUGGUUGUUAUUUGUUUCAGCCGGGUUCUAAUGUGUAGAAAGUAAAUCAGUGUUUCAUCAUUUAAAUAACGGUUUGUGAAAAUGCAUGCUGUCAGAAUAUUUCACUAAUAUAUAUCUGACAAUCUUCAGGGUUUGCUGUAAGGUGAACAAAAUAUCUGUCUGUAAAACACAGAAUGUACAUUUCAGUUAGCUUUUGAAGGUCUACAACAGUUUUCUAUCCUAAAGAUGCCUUAUCUAUUUACAGUAUGCCUUUAUUUCUUAUUUUAACCACUUUAUAAUUAGACUUGUUAGGAUUUCUUUAAAAAAAAAUUUUUAUGAUUAUUGUUCUAUCCAGAUUUGGACUUGAUUAGCAUGUUUAUCUUGGAUGCAGGGGCGUAUAUUCUGUGGGGAGGGGGUGCAACCCUCCCAUUAUUUCUAUACCAUGAUAUGAAUGGAAACAUGUAAAUGCUUCACAAUGCAAGCCCUCCAAUGUUCAAGCCAAAUCUCCGCCCCUGCUUAGAUGUGCAUAUGAAUUUGUGUUUUCUGCAUUGCUCAUGUACCAGAAAUGUUUCAUACUAUAAGUAACCUAAUGUCAUUGGUUAAUAAACUA